CAACGUUGAUUUAUUCGAUAAACGUUUUGCCUUGAUCUACAAACAAAAAAUAAGAAGGGAACAAAACAAAUAAGUGUAUUGAUUUUUCAUAAAAUAAAUUUGCGUGAACAUAAUGUUUUGCUGUUUGAAAAGUUGUGUCAAUGGGUUCUCAUUAACACCCAGUGUGCCAAUUAGGGUAAAAGAAAAUCCAAUUCAGCUGGACACUCUUCAUAUGGGCCAUGAAGUAGUAAUUGUAAAAGGUGGUCAACGGGCAUGUGGAUCCGGUUGUGUUCUCGGUAACGCGCCACUUGUCCAAAACAAGGCUUACUUUGAGGUGAAACUACAGCAAGGUGGUGUUUGGGCUGUUGGAUUAGCUUCACGGGAAACUGAUAUAAAUAAAGUUCAUGGUGGAGUAGAUAAAGAAUCAUGGUGUUUAAACAGUGAUGGCACAGUCAGGCAUGACAAUGUAGAACUUUAUCAACUGAAAGCGGCCCCAGACACACAAACAGAUAUUCUAGUAUCAACAGGCUCACCACAGAAUCACAAAAAUGAAGAUAAUAUAAUAUCAGUGAUGCCUGUGGAAGGUGAUGUUAUAGGAUUAGCUUAUGAUCAUGUCGAGUUAAAUUUCUUUUUAAAUGGAAAGACUAUGGAAAUACCAGUACGUAGUGUUAGAGGGACAGUUUAUCCUGCCCUAUAUGUUGAUGAUGGUGCUAUAUUGGAUAUAAUCCUCGAUAAUUUUCGGUAUCCGCCUCCGAAUGGGUUCGAGAAAAUAAUGGUGGAACAAUCUCUGCUCUAACAAAUUGAUCUCAUAGUAUAAUUGUGUGGACACUUGCUUGUGUGUGAGACUGUUAAAUUAUUUAUCCUUAACUUACUUAUAAAUACCUUUUAAUUAAACCAGAAUCAAAACCCAUUGUCUGUAUUGUAUAAAAGUCUAAAAUCCUCUACUUAAAGUUUAGUUAGAGAUGGCCUGAAUUUGACACUUUUAUGUCAUCAAAGACAAUAGAUGUUUGACAUACGGAAGUAUGCGUAUAUAUUUAGCGCGAAGGCUCGACUCGAAAUAUUGUUAAUUUUGCUUUAAGUGACCUUGAACUCUAUUAAUUUGGUAAAAAGUUCACGGCCAUAGUCAGGUCCACGAACGUUUAUAAAAAAAUGUUUCCUAUUUUGAUAAGUAUUUCAAAACACUGAUAGACUUUUUUUUAAAUCAAGCCAAAAUAUGAUUGAAACUAAGAACAUAUAUUUAUAAUUUAGUAUCGUUCUUAACUCUCUAUUUAUUUAUUAUCUAUGGGACGAAGAUAAAAAAACGCGCAAUACACAGACUAUAUUUGUAUAAAAUAGUACCCAUAGAUGAUAUAUCUAAUAGACUGGAUAUUGGUAAUUACAGAACUGAGUAUAUUUUGCAUUGUAAAACAAAAAUAGUAGUUUAUAUUGUGGAUUGACUUUUGCCACUACUGGUCGUUUUAAACCUUUGAAAACUUCUUUCUUUUGUAUGUUUGUAAGUAUUUUUUAUUUUAUUUUGUAUAGAAAUGUAUCCUUACUAGGAUACAUUACUAUACAAAAUAUUCAUUGAAAAUUUUAACAUUAAACUAAAAUGGGAUUGAUGGUUACUUAGAAGGUGAUUAUAAGUAGGGUGUCAAUGUAUAUUGUGUAUUAACUAUAUGGCUCUAACUUAAUCUAUUUUUCUAAUAAAAAGUGCAUUUUAAAUUGAUAUAAUGUAUGAUAAUCAUGUAAAUCUUUAAAAUUAUUUCAAAACAUAUAAAUAAGCUAAAUAUGUUAAACUUUUUAUAAUUUGGUUCUUAAUAUGUAAAGUCAAAAACAUUCCUAUUGUAUUUUUUAUUACUCUAAUGUCAGUUACAAUAUUUUAACUGUACAAUUUGUGUAUACUUAAGUGAUUUGCUUAUUUUUAAUGGUACAAUAAAUUUCUUUAACAUUAAACGAGAGGUAUAAUUUCUUACUUUUCUUGUAUAACUUCUAGUCUAUGACUGUAUGUGAAAACAAUGGUCCAGGCCAUAAAAUUAUAAAAAAAAACAAUAGCGCAUUUCGCUUGACUCGUACUUAGCGCUUUUGUUGCUAUAUGUUAUACGGAAUAAAUUGGUCAAAGCCUAACAAAACUCCUUAGCGCCUAGCAAUCAUCUUCAAGCGCUGGAUGGGCUUUGUUUCGCCACAGAAGCCAAUAUAUUAUUAUAUAAAAGUCAUUUCUAGUUCAAUCAUAGACAAACAUGAUGUUUAACGAUUAAACGAAUCGCGCUAAUUGUCUUUUGAUAUAAAUACCUGAAAGGAAGAGACGCAUUUUCUUUGUAAUUACUGAUGUUUUAAGAAUGAAACUAAAAUAGAUACAAAUAUUUGUUGUGGUACAAUAAACUGUUUGAAUGUAUAAUAAACAUUAUAAAUUAUCAGUUAUACAAAUUGUUGUAAUUUAAGUUAAUUCAUAAUGAAUACUGUUUCAAAUGUGCUUAAUAAAAAUUAUGUAUCUUA